GUCUCACAGGGUAAACUAAUCAAACGCCUGGGCUCCAUGACGGCAGCUCCUGGAUAGCGAGACCUGUGCAGGGAGGCUUCAUAGCCCAGAGGAAAACGUAGAUUGCCUCAUAGAUCCGCAAGUCGUUUUUGUCAAUCAAAUAAACAGCAACUGAUGGCGACCAGUGCCAAGAGACCAUCCCUGCAGGGUCCUGUGCCCCCUCCUCGCAAGAAGACAACCCCCAAGCCAGAGCUGACUGAGGAGCAGAAGCAGGAGAUCAGGGAAGCCUUUGAGCUGUUUGAUACUGAUGGAUCGGGAUAUAUUGAUGUCAAGGAGCUUAAGGUUGCAAUGAGAGCUCUGGGGUUUGAACCAAAGAAAGAGGAGAUCAAGAAGAUGAUUGGGGAUGUGGAUAAAGAUGGCACAGGGAAAAUCUCCUUUGCUGACUUCCUCGCUGUCAUGACACAGAAAAUGGCUGAGAAGGACUCCAAAGAGGAGAUCCUGAAAGCUUUCCGCCUGUUUGAUGAUGACGAGACGGGCAAGAUCUCAUUCAAGAAUCUUAAGAGAGUCGCCAAAGAGCUGGGAGAAAACCUCACAGAUGAUGAGCUGCAGGAAAUGAUAGAUGAGGCAGACAGGGAUGGAGAUGGAGAAGUGAACCAACAGGAGUUCCUGCGAAUUAUGAAGAAAACCUGCCUGUACUGAAGAAAGGGCAUGACAUAAUGGUCGGUGAUGUUGAGGGGACCAGUGGUGGUUUUUCAUGUAAUGCUGCUCAUACAUCUAAUAUCCCUUUCCUUAUUAUUGUGUUGUGCCAUACAUUUCCAUUUAUAAUGAGUCAAUCAAUCACAUACUGCACCGAGAGGAAGCUGUCGUGGUCAAAUGCCAAAUUAUCGUCCUUUGAUUUACACGAUACAUUACAUUUGCCAAAAACAGGAAGAGAAGACUCUCUUUCUGGUUUGGAAUGCUGCAUUCUUUUAUGAAGAAUACAUUGAUAAUAUUAACAAUAGCAUGUUGAUUAUUUAUUGUCAAGAAAUUCUCAGUGCCUAUGUCAAUAUGGUGACAAACACAGUACAUUCCAAUGCUUUGACUGACGAUAACGUGUGUGCAUUUAGUUUUAUCCAUCUGUAGAUUAUUUGGUUAAUACUGGUAAUUCCAGUGUUUCAUGGUUUGGCUCUUGUAACCGCUGCUGAUUGAAGACCCCUGUCUCACCUCAGUGGAUUUGUGCCUGUGCCUCCUUCAAAGGGGUGACCCCACUCUCUUUAAAAUAUGAUUGUGUAUGUAUUUUUCUUGUAGCAUCGAGUAUUUAUCCCUCUGUUGUGUUUAACUUCUCCUCUAUAUUCUUGAAUGUUUUGUACAAAUACAUAGUGAUUUUAAUGAGUAGAUAUACAGCAUAUAAAUGUUUAUGGUACAAAUUAAAUAUGU